GGGGAGAUGCUGCGGGUCUACAUCGGGCGUCUCAGCUACCAGGCUCGGGAACGGGACGUGGAGCGGUUCUUUAAGGGCUACGGGAAGAUCCUCGAGGUGGACCUCAAAAACGGGUAUGGCUUUGUUGAGUUUGAUGAUGUGCGUGAUGCUGAUGACGCUGUUUAUGAGCUAAAUGGCAAAGAUCUUUGUGGGGAGCGUGUAAUAGUUGAGCAUGCCCGGGGCCCUCGCCGCGACAGCAGUUACGGUUCUGGACGCAGUGGAUAUGGAUAUAGAAGAAGUGGAAGAGAUAAGUACGGGCCUCCGAACCGUACUGAAUACAGAUUAAUUGUUGAAAAUCUGUCAAGCCGUUGCAGUUGGCAGGAUUUGAAGGAUUAUAUGCAUCAGGCAGGUGAAGUGACAUAUGCCGACGCACACAAAGGGAGAAAGAAUGAAGGUGUGAUUGAGUUCAAAUCCUAUUCUGACAUGAAAAGAGCACUUGAAAAGCUGGAUGGGACUGAAGUGAAUGGUAGAAAGAGAAGGCUAGUGGAAGACAGGCCUGGGUCCAGGCGCCGCCGCUCCUAUUCCAGAAGUCGCACUCAUUCAAGGUCUCGCUCUCGGAGCAGACAUUCCCGCAAAAGUCGGAGUUGUAGCGGUAGUAGCAAAAGCAGCCAUUCAAAGAGCAUGUCACGAUCCAGGUCUGGAUCCCAUUCCAGAAGCAAGAGCCGCAGUCGAAGCAAGAGCCGUAGCAGAGGCCAAAAGGAAAAAAGCCGGAGUCCAAGCAAAGAUGAUAAAAGCAGGAGCCGCAGCAGAAGUGCGGAGAAAUCUCAAAGCAAAAGCAAAGACAGGCCAGAGGAAGUGGUUCAAAAUGAUGACGAUGACCAAGCAAAGAGCAUAAGUCCCAGCAAGGAAAAGAGUAAGAGUAAAAGCAGGAGCAGGAGUGGUAGUAAAGAGAGAGCAGAAGAGGAGGAGGAGGAGAGGGGGCGUGUGAGGGGGAUCCGGAGUAAAGAGAGAGAAAAGAGUGUCAGUAAGGCUAGAAGCAGGAGCAAAGAGGGGAGCAGGAGCAGGAGUCGUAGCAAGAGUAAGGACAAGAGGAAAGGCAGGAAGCGGAGCAGGGAUGACAGUCGCAGCAGGAGCAGGAGUCGCAGCAGGAGUGAGAGGAGCAAGAGGCGGAGUAAACGAGACAGCAAGUCUAGUAGCAAGAAGAAGAAAAGAGAAGAUCAAGAGCGGUCCAGGUCUAGGUCUAGAUCCAGAUCUCGGUCCAAAGAAAAGGAGCACACAAAAGCCGAAUCUGACAAAAAAGAAGCAAAAAGUGAGGGUGAGGAAAUGGACACCAGUUGUAAAUCUCGGUCGAGGUCAAAUUCCAAGUCAAAACAAAAUGUCAAAUCAGAAUCUCGCUCCAGAUCAAAAUCCGUCUCAAAAACAAGAUCCCCAUCCAAAUCUAGAUCGAGGUCUGCCUCUAGAUCGCAUUCAAGGUCGAGGUCGAGGUCACGGUCUAGAUCCUGAAGCUGCUGCAACCACACUUAGAGCUCUAUGAGAAGUCUUUUGUACAUGUUUGGUAGUUGUAGCACAAGUGAUUGGAGUAGAACACAUGUCACUGCUGUACAUUUUUACUACCCUCCCUCCCCCAACGGUGUGUCUGUAACUGUUCAGUCCAGUGCUCCCUCUCUGUAGCACAUUCUGGCACAAGAGGUUGAGCGCCUUGUCCAGACACCA